AUCAAUAAUCCAAACUUAAAACACAAACACAUCUUUUAUUUUCAUGGUUCGCUAGCUAGUCGCCUCUGUCGUCGCAUAUUCACAUCAUCUGGCUGUGUAUCGUCACUCGCUGCUCGCCGCCGCCUCUAUCAUAGGAUAUUGCUCUGCUGCUUGCCUCUAUCUUUCUUUCUCCCUUGAAUAAGGAAAAAUAGAAUGCCUGAAGAUAAGAAAAUGAUAGGCCUUUCAUGGGAACCAAAGCUACCUUCUCUUUCAUUUGGUACAAAAAAUGGGUCCAAUAACAAAUCUCAAAAUAUAUCAGAAACUAAUCUGGUAUAUAGACCCAACUCAGAGCUCAUUGAUGGGCUGUUUGUUCCACCUAAUGACCCAAAAAAGGUCAACAAGUUACUAAAGAAGCAAGUCAAAGACACAACAGGAAAGAGUUGGUUUGACAUGCCUGCCCCUACUCUCACACCCGAGUUGAAAAAAGAUCUUCAGCUCCUAAAGUUGAGAAAUGUGAUUGAUCCCAAGAGGCAUUACAAGAAGGGUGACUCCAAAUUAAGCACAUUCCCAAAGUAUUUCCAGGUUGGGACAGUGGUGGAGCCAGUAUCAGAAUAUUUCACUUCUAGACUUACAAAGAGAGAAAGGAAGGCAACUUUGGCUGAUGAGUUACUUUCUGAUCAAUCACUCAAGGUUUACAGGAAAAGGAAGGUUCGAGAGAUUGAAGAGAAAAACCAACCUGGUGGGGUUGAUAAAUGGAAGAUCAAAGGUAAAAGUUCAUGGAAACGUGCAAAGCAAAGGAGGCAUUGAAUUGGGAAUUAUCAAUUAUGUAGUGAGUGAGAAGAGUAUUGUGGAAUUUAAUCAAUUGGUAGAAUUAUUAUAUGUUUUGUACUCUGUGGUAUGC